AGGCCCCCGCGGGCUCGGAGCCCCGGCCAGGGGCCGCAGCAGGGGUCAGCCGCCCGCCCGGAGCCAUGCCUCGGGAGCCCACCGCUAGCCGCGCCGCAGCCCGGGGUCCUGGGCCGGCAUGAAGACCGCCGCCGGGGGACUGCGGCCCGCGUCGGCGCUGGGGACAAAGGUGCGUGUCGUGGUCGGGACCGGGCUCUCACGUGAGCCUGGCUGUAGUUUGACACUUUUCAAGAAGUUGUGACAACAGGAAGACAGAUGCUAAGAGUAGUUUGGACACCUUAAAACUGAAACACUGAUGGGAACUGGCAUCCUGCUACCGAGCACAGCGCCUGGCCAGACUUCAGUAGACCAGAAGCCAUGCAGUGACACCUGCUAAGACUUGUUGGUAGCCAUGUCGGAGCCCCACAGGGUCCAGUUCACCUCUCUCCCAGGUUCUCUGAAUCCUGCAUUUUUGAAGAAGUCUCGGAAAGAGGAGAUUGGGGGAGCAGAACAGCAUCACGACUGUGAGCCGGCUGCAGCAGCUGUUCGGAUUACACUCACCCUCUUUGAACCAGAUCACAAACGCUGCCCAGAGUUCUUCUACCCUGAGCUGGUGAAAAAUAUCCGUGGGAAGGUGAAAGGCUUUCAGUCCGGAGACAAGAAGAAAGAUCUCUCGGAUCCUUUCAAUGAUGAGGAGAAGGAAAGGCAUAAAGUGGAGGCCCUUGCUCGGAAAUUUGAAGAAAAAUAUGGUGGUAAGAAACGUAGAAAAGACCGGAUACAGGACUUGAUUGAUAUGGGGUAUGGUUAUGAUGAAUCCGAUUCUUUCAUCGAUAACUCUGAGGCGUAUGAUGAGCUUGUUCCUGCUUCUUUGACUACAAAGUAUGGAGGAUUUUACAUUAACUCGGGAACUCUGCAGUUUAGACAAGCAUCAGAAUCUGAGGAUGACUUCAUUAAAGAAAAGAAGAAAAAAUCUCCAAAGAAGCGGAAGUUGAAGGAAGGUGGUGAGAAGAUAAAGAAGAAGAAAAAAGAUGACACUUAUGACAAGGAGAAGAAAUCGAAAAAGUCCAAGUUUUCCAAAGCCGGCUUCACAGCACUCAAUGCCAGUAAGGAGAAGAAGAAGAAAAAAUACUCUGGGGCUAUAGAUGUUAAAGAGAUGCUGAAGAAAUUCCAGAAGGAGAAAGAGGCUCAGAAGAAGAGGGAGGAGGAACAUAAGCCUGUUGCAAUCACAUUGGUGGAAGCACAGGGCCUGCGGGAGUUGGAGGGUGCCUCUGACCCCUUGCUCUCCUUCUUCGGCUCCACGUCUGACAAUGACUUGUUCCAGGCGGCCACUGCCAUGAACUCGCUGACUGACUUGGACUUGGAGCAGCUGCUCAGUGAGUCUCCAGAAGGAAGUCCUUUCCGCGAUGUGGAGGAUGGCAGUGACUCCCUCGGGGUGGGAUUGGACCAGGAAUUCAGGCAGCCCUCUUCCCUCCCCGAAGGCCUGCCAGUGCCCCUGGAGAAGCGUGUGAAGGAGCUGGCUCAGGCUGCCAGAGCUGCCGAGGGAGAGAGCAGGCAGAAGUUCUUCACGCAGGACGUUAAUGGCAUCCUGUUAGACAUAGAGGUGCAAACUCGGGAGCUGAGCAGCCAGACCCGUUCUGGGGUCUACGCCUAUCUGGCUUCAUUCCUGCCUUGCAGCAAGGACGCUCUGGUCAAACGGGCUCGAAAACUGCACCUCUAUGAUCAGGGUGGGCGUCUGAAGGAACCUCUCCAGAAGCUCAAGGAAGCCAUUGGCAGGGCAAUGCCAGAGCAGAUGGCGAAGUACCAGGACGAGUGCCAGGCGCACACUCAGGCGAAGGUCGCCAAGAUGCUGGAGGAGGAGAAGGACAAAGAACAGAGAGAACGAAUUUGUUCUGAUGAGGAGGAAGAUGAAGAAAAGGGGGGUCGGAGGAUCAUGGGACCCCGAAAGAAAUUCCAGUGGAACGAUGAGAUCAGGGAGCUGCUGUGCCAAGUGGUGAAGAUCAGGCUGGAGAGCCGUGACCUGGAGAAGAGCACAGCCCGGCCUUGGGAGGAUUGUGUGAAGGCCUUCCUGGAUGCCGAGGUCAAGCCUCUCUGGCCCAAAGGCUGGAUGCAGGCCAGGACUCUGUUUAAGGAGAGCAGACGAGGCCAUGGACACCUGACGUCAAUCCUGGCCAAGAAGAAAGUCAUGGCCCCUUCUAAAAUCAAGGUCAAGGAAUCAUCUGCUAAGUCUGAUAAGAAGGUUCCUGUCCCGGCAGGACAGGCUUUGCCCUCAGAACAUCAGGGAGGAGGCCUGAGCCUUGGGGCUGUGAACAGAGAGCUCCCAUCCCUGGCAUCUGGUGGCCUUGCCAACCCUCCUCCUGUCGACCUGGAGGACUCAUUGGAUGGAGACUUGAUCCGCAAUCCUGCCUCCUCAGUGGAGGCUGUGUCCAAGGAACUGGCUGUAUUGAGUAGCAGAGUGGCUGGGAGCUCUGAAUUCACCUUUCCUGCACCCUCAAAAGUGCCCGCAGAAAAGGCUACAGGUGUGUCGUGUGUGGAAGAAAAGAGGAACGUGGUCAAGCCUGGCCCUGCUGCGCCACCUCCUGGCAACACUCUGCAGUCACCCCUCAGUCUCCUGGCUGAACAGGCACUGGCACUGGGGCAGUCCUCUCAGGAGAAGAAACCAGAGAGUCCUGUCUACAAAGAGCCACCCUGCCAGGCUCCCCUUGGCAAGGGCCUGCAGGACAUACACCAGCCCAAAGCAAAGCACCACGGUUUGCCACGGACGUCUCACGGGCCCCCAGCAGCAGCCACUGGGCCUGCCCCCCAGGUCAGGGUCUUUCAUGCAGGCACUCAGCAGCAGAGGGGUGCCACCCCCCCAGCCCCGUUGGUCAGCAAACCCCAAGGCCCAAAGGUUCCCUCUCCACAGUGCCAUCGUUCCCUCCAGUUGGUGAAGACAGCAGCCAGAAGCCAGGGCUUCCAUCCCACCACGCCGGCCGCCUCAGCAGGCUCACCAGCUUCUGGCAGUGGCUCUCACAAGACCCCAGCCUCAUCCUCCACUGCUCUGAGCCAUCCAGCAAAACAGCACUUAGCCAGCUGCACGGGACCGUCUUACAAGAGCAGUCCCUUCGCUGUCUCCGUCUCUAAACACGGGGUGUCACCUGGAAGCCCCUCUGGAGGCACUGCAGCUCAGACUUCUGCUUCCGGGACCCUGCACCCUGGUGUGCCACCUCCCUCUGCAGGACAGCCUGCCAGCCGACCUGUCCCGAGCACAGCAGUGAAGAAACCGCCAGUCUCCCAGAAGUUGACUCUGGUGGCCCCUCCGGGUGGUCCAAAUGGAGAUUCCAGUGGCGGGACCCAGGGCGUGGCAAAGUUACUGACCUCGUCCCUGAAGCCCACCGCGGUCAGUAGUGUGACAGCGUCUACCUCCUUGCCAAAAGGAGCAAGUGGGGCUGUGCUGCUGACCAGCGCCCCUUCCUUGAACAUGCUCCCCUCCACCUACAAGGCCAGCAGCCCGAAGCUGCCCGGGGCCAUGAACUCAGGCCCGAUGGGGAUCAUCACCUCCGUCCCGAUUCCUCUCCACAUGCUAUCCUUCAGCACAGACUCCUCUGCCAAGGCAGGGGUCUCCAAGGAUGCCAUCGUCACAGGCCCGGCCUCCGGGCCUUUCCACCACGGCCUCAACCACAGUAGUCUUCUGGCUGGCUUGCACCCCAGCCCACCCCACGCAGCGCCUCUCCCACACGCUGCCGUGUCCACCCAUGCCCCGCAGAGUCUGCCAGAUGCUUCUCAGCUUCACGGGAAAGGACCUGGUGUGCCACGGAAGUUGUGACACUUCAGAGGAGAGACUUGGCUAACUCGGGUCUGGGUGGGCGCUGGACGUGCAGGUCUCAGAUCAUGGCGCUCAUUGCACGUUUCCUGCCGCUUGUGUGUCCUGGAGAAGGCAUGAGUUCUAGAGGAAUACUGCUUGACACUUGACGUCCUCCAACCCAGGAGCAGCGCCUGCUGCAGAAGGUACUGACCGACGUGGUGCUCCGGCCUCGAGUUAUCAUUGGACGACCUAGACAGGUGUCUCAGUGGGCAGCCAUUGCUGGCGAGGGAGCUGGCUGUGCUAGGAGCGCAGCGUUUGUGCAGUGUCAUAUGAUCUGCACACCCACAUUUCUGAUCUGUCCACCCCCAGGCAUCCGGUCAGGUGCCUCAGGCAUCCUGCUGGUCAGGGGAUCCUGGGCCCAGUGGGGUCCCUGGCUGUCCCAUCCCCAAGCCAUGUGCUAAAGAAGACAAAACCCAGGCCAAAGCCCCAGCUGCGAGACCUGCCUUGCAUAUUUGCAAAAUACUGAGAUCACCUUCGCAUGUGCUCGCUGUGGAGCCGGUUUCUCCUCUGAACAUGACAGUGCAGCUCUUUUAGAGAAGACCAUUAUGGAUCAAACAGUUGUGAUAGGAUUUUUAAAGACACCUAUUUUGAGCUCAGUUUUCAUCAUCAUUGGAUAGAAUGGACUGUUCUCACACGUCGUAUUAUAGGAAGACAUAAUCCCAGUGCCUUGUGGUGGAGCAGAGUCUGACCCCACGCGUCCAUGCAGCCCUCCGCAUGGGUCUGAGAGGAAGACCUGUUUAGCGAUACCCGUAUUUAAGACACAGCUUAAGACUUUAUUUAAUGGGUUUAUUUGUGGUUGCACAUCAUCUGUGCCGUCCUAACUUGAAGGUCAUCUGGGCCCCCAAACCCCAGUUCCAGGUUAGCCGGGAUGCUGUUUGUUUCCAGGGUCUGUGUAGGUAGACUGCAGAGCCCCAGAGCCCUUCAGCACUCUGAAGGCCGAGUAUAUGCGGGGUCCCAAGUCACAUACAAACAUUCCAGUUUGUCUGAUUCUUAGAAGUUAUCUUAGGCAGAGCUGCAGGAACAGGCCUCUGUGAAGUGUGUGCGUGAAGCGUGGCCUUGGAGUCCUGGGGCUGGGGGGGG